AUGUGGACUGUGUUGGCGAUUGCUGGAGAAGACUUUUCUAUUGUUGCCUCUGACACACGACUGAGUGAAGGUUAUGCAAUUCACUGCCGGGACAGUCCAAAAUGCUACAAACUGACAGAACAAACGGUCAUUGGAUGCAGUGGUUUCCAUGGUGACUGCCUUACCCUUACAAAAAUUAUUGAAGCAAGAUUAAAGAUGUACAAGCAUUCCAAUAACAAGACCAUGACUACUGGGGCUAUUGCAGCGAUGCUGUCUACAAUUCUGUAUUCUCGACGUUUCUUUCCUUACUACGUUUACAACAUAAUUGGUGGACUUGAUGAAGAAGGGAAGGGAGCAGUAUAUAGCUUUGAUCCAGUAGGCUCGUACCAGAGAGAUUCUUUCAAAGCAGGUGGAUCAGCAAGUGCCAUGCUGCAGCCCUUGCUUGAUAACCAGAUUGGCUUCAAGAACAUGCAAAAUGUGGAACAUGUACCUCUGACCCUGGAAAAGGCUUUGCAGCUGGUUAAAGAUGUCUUUAUAUCUGCUGCUGAGAGAGACGUGUACACUGGGGAUGCACUUAAGAUUUGCAUUGUCACAAAAGAUGGAAUUAAAGAGGAAACUGUCCAAUUACGAAAAGACUAACUCAGUUCACUUAUAAACGUGUAAUGUAUGAUGUACAAUUUACCUGUAUUAAGAAGACAUUUGUCUUAUUAAAUUGUUUUCAAUAAGUU